CAAAAGGGACAUGUUCAAUGGUCCUAUAAAUACAUAAAGAGUCCCGUUGAAACACUCAACAGCCCCCAUUCUCACUCUCUCACUUCAGUUCAUCACCAUAACAUGGCUGUGGCUAUGGCUGUUCCCCAAUCCAAAUCCUUCUUCUUUUUCUGCAUCUUGGUAUUGACCUACCUCUCACUUCCCUUCUCCAUCUCAGCGCUUGACCAAAAUGAUGGCCGUAUUUCUAUGAGCCUGCAGGUACCAGCACCUGCUCCUCACCACCACCACCACCACCACCCACCGGCAGCCGCCGCUCCCAAAUCACCACCUGCAGUCAAACAACCUCCUCACGCCCCCGCUCCUAGCCCCAACCACCCGACCACCGCACCUCCCACUCACCCACACUCCCCAGUUCCGGCCUCUACUCAUGUCAAAGGUCACCACCACCACCACCACCAUGGAACCGCCGCGCCACCAACGGCAGCCACCCCACCCAAAUCCCCAACACCGCCUGCAAAUAGACCUGCCACUCAUCAUUCCCACUCCCCAUCACCUGCUCCCAUUAGUGGUCACCACCACCUCCACCACCAUCCUGCCAUCGCACCACCACCACACCCGGCCACUCCUAAAUCAUCACCUCCUGCAGCAAAACCCCCCACUGCUGCGCCCCCCAAGCCACACCUCCUCCACCACCCCCUACCACCUGUCAAGGCACCGUUGCCAUCUCCAUCAGCACAAAAGAAAUCCAUCGCUAUCUGUGGAUCUGUACGCUGCAAGUCUUGCAACAUCUCCACCCCAUAUUACCAUCCUAUUGAGGGGGCUUUGGUGAAAAUUGCCUGCAACAACACAAAGUAUCACUUGGAAGAGAGUGUUCACACAGACAGGAAUGGGUCUUUCUUCUUAACUCCUAAGAUUGUCACCUCUGCUGGUUGGCAUAAGUGCAAGGUUUUCCUGGUCUCUUCAGGCAAUCCUCACUGCAAUGUCACCACAAAUUUGAAUCUUGGCCAUGUUGGAGCGCCUUUGAACUUCCACCCACCUUCUGUGAACAAAACGCUGCCGUAUCCACUUUUCACUGUUGGGCCCUUCCAAUUUGUACCCAGCAAGAAUCACAAAUGCUCCUAGUUAAUUCACUUUAAUUUCAGUUCUGUUUGAGGAAGAGAAGGGAAGAAGAGAAGUUGUGGCCUGGUUCAAGUGUUCAUUAGACAUUAACAUUUAUGCAUUUAGAUUUGAUUACGGAGUGUUUAGAAUUAGUUUUGUUGCACUCUAUCCAUGAGUGUCUGUCGUUUUUCUCUUGAAUGCAUUGAAGGGUUUCAUCUAUUUUCAGUCUCAGACUUCAGUCUGUCACUUUUUAUCUUCUUUCUGGUUUGUUCGCAUUUUGAACCAUGUGUGCAGUUUGCUUUUUGGUAAUGUCUCACUCCUGACUUUUCUCUCAUAAAUGAAGAGAAAAUUAGCAUUAAGAGCUAGUUUGAGAGCUAGUUUGAGAGCUACUUUGGUAACACGAAAAUCGACUGUUUCGACUGUUUCUGCUGAAAUUUAUGAAAUUCUGUCUGAAGUGGUUGCAUCA